GCCAGUAUGAACAUCCAUUAACAAGGUGGAAUGGGCAGAGUGAAAAGGCGGAGCUGCGCGCCAUCCAGGCCAAGACCUGGUUCCUACUAUAGGGAAACAAGAUUGGAUGCAAGUCUGGGAAGUGACAUCCUGGUCCCUUGGCCCUGUUGCAGGCUCACUCCCACCUGCGUGCAGCCCCACCAUGGAGCCUGGCAGCAUGGAAAAUCUGUCCAUCGUGUACCAGAGCAGCGACUUCCUGGUGGUGAACAAGCACUGGGACCUGCGCAUUGAUAGCAAGACCUGGCGGGAGACCCUGACCCUACAGAAGCAGCUCCGACACCACUUCCCAGAGCUGGCUGACCCUGACACCUGCUAUGGGUUCAGGUUCUGCCACCAGUUGGACUUCUCCACCAGUGGGGCACUGUGUGUGGCCCUGAAUAAAGCAGCUGCGGGCAGCGCUUAUAAAUGCUUCAAGGAACGGCGAGUCACCAAAGCCUACCUGGCACUGGUCCGAGGCCAUGUCCAGGAAAGCCAAGUGACGAUCAACUAUGCCAUUGGCAGGAAUAGCACAGAGGGGCGGACACACACCAUGUGCAUCGAGGGUACUCAUGGUUGUGAGAACCCAAAGCCAAGUCUCACAGAGCUGCUGGUCCUGGAACAUGGGCUAUAUGCUGGUGACCCUGUGUCCAAAGUGCUGCUGAAGCCACUGACAGGCCGGACACACCAGCUUCGUGUACACUGCAGUGCCCUUGGCCACCCUAUCGUGGGUGACCUGACUUAUGGCCAGGCUGAGGGCCAGGAGGACCACCCUUUCCGCAUGAUGCUGCACGCCUUCUACCUACGCAUCCCCACACAGGCUGAGUGCGUUGAGGCCUGUACACCUGACCCCUUCCUGCCUGCCCUUGAUGCCUGCUGGAGUCCCAAUACCUGUGUUCAACCCCUUGAACAGCUCAUCCAGGCCCUACGGACUGACCCUGACCCCGACCCUAUGGGUGGAGGGCCAAGGCCCUGUAGCCCCUCCACCCCACAGCCCAGGCCAGGUCGGCCCCCUCCUGAGACUGAGGCACAGAGAGCAUCGUGCCUGCAGUGGCUAUCAGAGUGGACACUAGAGCCGGACAACUAAAGGCCUCUGGGCUUUGGGGGUUGAGAGCUGCUGGGGGUUUAGCAGCUAGGGAGCCAUGAUUGCUAGAGGACAGGGUACUCGGGCUGUAGGAGAGAUGUCCAGUAGGUAAGUCUUCUCCCAGCAUUCCUCCAGAGGAAGCUACGGCUUUUCCUUCUGGAACAGCUUUCCGCCUCUUCAGCUUCACCCCAGGCUCACCCAAGCCCCUAGCCAGGAAGGGCAAAGCCAUGAGCAAGGAUCCUCCUCCAGGGCCCCACAGUGCCUGAGAAGAGCCACCCUGGCAUUAGCCUACUUGGACUUGGGUCACUUGCAGCCCCCAGCCUGUCUCUUGCUGCCCGCCACUGUCAUGUUGUCCAUGUCCCUUUGCCUUUCCUGAACUCUGCCAGGGCUUCACCUCCUCUGCCUGCAUCUAGCACUAGGCCCCAGUGCAUGGGAGUGUGUUGGGGCAUCUACGGAGGUGUCCUCCAUGCAUGCCCAUCCCUCUAAACCUGGCAUGGAUGCUGCUUCUGCUCUAUGGGCUCCUAGCUGGAGCGUUGACCAUGUCACCACCUGCCUGGCUUCCACAUAGCCAUAGGGUCUCAGUGUCAGCCUUUGGGACCUCUCCUGGGAAGCCUUCUGGGCCUCACCUGUCCGUCACAACACAGCCACAGCACCCUGGCUGCAGCUGAGGUCUAAAGAUUAAGAAUAAAUGUUCAGUGAUCAAUCUUGAAA